UUAGCUUCAUUAUUUGAUACAGCGUUUCUGGUAACACACACGCCUCAAAAUCAACUUGGCUUCUGGUGCAUAGACGUCGAUACGGUAAUACCUCUUAAAACUCCGCAUCAAGGUGGAUUAACGCAGACUUUCAGAUUUGCGGUCGACCAUUUGUCGACAGUUUUGGGUGAACCUCUCGCGCGGAAACACAAGUUUCAUGCCUUCGUCGGAUCCACCUACGCCGCCUCCGCCUUCUUCUUCUUCUUCUUCUGCUGCUGCUGCUGCUGCUGCUUCUCGUUGUUCUCCUCCUCGGUUUCGCUCGUUUUGAAUACCGCUGCUGCUGCUGCUGCUGCUCUGCUGCUGUUGCCGCUGCUGCUACAGCUGCUACCGCAUGAGCUGCUUUUUCUGGCCCCCGCCGGAGGAAGAGCCCGCAUCACUGCCUGCACUUUGCGUGGAUCGGUGAAGCCACUUGCGAAAGGUGUCGAAGUGUGUUCGUGGUGAAACAGCACGUUCAGUUACUGAUGCAAAUAUUUGAAUAAUAAUAAAAAAAGAGGUUAUUUUCAUUCAUAAUAAAAUAGAAGGCUGAUUUGCCCGCAUCGUCUUUGAAUAAAAAGGGAAGUUUUUUGGUAUAUUAUUUAAAGAUUUGCAUAAGAAGGUUACCAGAACUGUUAUUGGCCAUUAUAUUAAAAAGAUCGAGUCGUAAGAAUUCAUGACCAAAUUGUAGUUACCGAACCGACGUGAUUUUGACAAUAUACCCACCGAGACGUACGCCCACACGCCCAAACAAAGAAGAUGGAUACCCUGACGGGGGGGUUAAGUGACAGUCUGUAUGACCUGGUGCCCGGGGGUCAUCACACGACAGCACACGCGGCCCAUAACGCCCACGCUGAUACCACCCACGCCCACAGUCACGCCCGCGAUGGGGAUGGACCUGGCUCACUCACAGGAACGGGAGGAAGCACCCACGCCCACACGCAACACAGUACAGCCUCUUCUGCCGCCCGUCUUACCGUCCUCUCUGCUACGCGCCCCCAUGACCCGCCUCCAAGAGAGAUCCUGCACAAGACCUUCAAGAUGGAGACAAAUGUUGGCGAAAAGCCAUCUCAGUCCUGUUCAGCUGAAUCAGAGGACGACAAAAACAAGAAGAAGCGUCAGCGACGCCAGCGCACUCACUUCACAUCCCAGCAGUUGCAAGAGCUGGAAGCAACGUUUGCCAGAAAUAGGUAUCCAGAUCUGAGUGCUAGAGAAGAGAUAGCCCUUUGGCUCAACCUGAAGGAAGCCCAAGUGAGGAUUUGGUUCAAGAACCGCCGGGCCAAGUGGCGGAAGCGAGAGCGCCAUGCAAUGACGGCAGCGAUGCCGGGAGACCUGAAGGGCGGUUGGGGGGCUCAGCUCAACGGCCUCGCCUGGCCUGACGACGGCCUCUACUCCGGUUAUUCAUCGUACAACAACUGGGCCAAAGUCACCCCGCCUCCGCUGGGCGCGAAGGGCUUCGCCUGGGGCUUCAACGGGGUCAACAUGAACCCCCUCAUGAGCCAGCAGCCGACAGCCAUGUCUCCCAUCAACUGCUUCCAGACGCCUACACAAAGCAUGGGUGGGUCUGCAAACCUGAUGCCCACUUCAAUGUCCUCCUCUUUAGGGUCCAGCGCUGCCCCGUGCCCAUACCCAGCUCCAACACCCCCUUACGUGUACCGCGAUCAGACCUCUUCCAUGUCCUCUUCCAUCGCCUCUCUCCGUCUCAAGGCCAAGUCUCACUCGCCAGCCUUUUCGUACUCGAGCGGAGGCACGGACACUCGAUCUCCACCAGCGCCCGACAACAACGCCUUCUUCGCAGCAGCCGCUGCUCCCACAGACAAGUUUUCGUGCAUGAACACGGUGAUCGCAUAA